AUGAAUUCAUUAGAGAUAUUAUGUAUUGAUAAGAUAUUGUUAAACUCAAUACCAGAACAAUUGGAAAGCUUUGAUGAUACUUUGAAGGGGAGAAUAUUAGAGAGAUUAUUAUGUCCGAAUACACCAAAGUUCUCUUAUAGAGGUUCAUUACCACCUGCACCUUCUCCACGUUGGUUGUCAGCUCUGGUGAACAAAUCAACGACUCAUCUCGAUCUUAGUACUGUGCCAACAUUGUUUUGGUCCCAGUUCAACAUGACUGGCAACUUCCCCUUUCAAUUCCUCGAGCGAUGUACCCAACUUACAUCACUCAAGAUCAAUGCACAGAACUUCACCGUUGGACAACUGGUACCAUUCCUGCGUGUAAUUGGUGCUCGUCUCAAACAUCUCGACCUGUCGCGUUGUAUCCGUCUCAACGACUCAUCACUACAUUUCAUCAGCUACUACUGUAGACAACUCCAAACACUCAAGCUACAGGACUGCAUUGGUAUUGGCGGUGCGGUAUUCCAGCGCUCGAUGGCCACCGCCAUGGCCCUGAUGCCUACAUCCCGCUCAUCAGACGGAACGCCCGCGCCACACCCAAACUCAUUCGCAAUGAUGCGCAUGUCAAACCUUGUCGAGCUUGACCUCACUGGCUGCAAGAGUAUCGCCAUCAGAAACAUGUGCAACUUUAGCUUUGUAUUCCCCUCCCUGCAAGAGUUCUCAUUCGCCAAGGCAUUCCUGUCGGAUGAGGAUGGUUCCAUGCUCGUGCAGACGCUGCCCGCAUCACUGCUCUCGCUCGAUCUCUCAUUCAACCCCGUUGGCAAGAACACAAUCUCUGCACUCGUGCCAGACUCUCGAAAGAAUCUUACAACAUACCAACUGCGAUCACUCAAUUUGGACUAUUGUCGAUGUGUUUCCACGAUUGACAUUCAAACAUUGUUCUCCAAGGUGCAGACCACACUCGAGACUCUGUCAAUCACUGGCUGUCUUCAGAUUGAGCGACAAAACUUCAACGUCAUCUCCAGCACCUCCAGCGGCAGCAGCAAGAGGAGUAACAAACGAUUUUCAUUCAACUCGUACAAGAGAGAUCUUUAUGAGAGAAUGCCCAAUGUUGUUUAU